UAUGAUGUUUAAGUCAUACAUUCUCGUCUAUAUGCCGUGUAUGUAUGCACGUUAGGUGGAUUGGUAACGGACAGUGGUAUCAAUUUUUUCAAGGAUGCGCUACCUAUGGGCCCAUGCUAAGUACUGCUGACUAGAUGAAGUAGCCGUGUUUGCUUUGUUUACUUAUAACGUGGCAGAACUAAACCGGAACUUCCUAUGGGCCCAUUCUAAAUACUACUGACUAGAUGAAGUAGCCGUGUUAGGCUUUGUUUACUUAUAACGUGGCGGAACUAACACGGGGGAUAGUAGAACAGACCUGCAACAUAAGAAAUACUUGCCGUUUGGAAUACGAAGACAAUUUCCGCUUUUUUAUACUCAACAGCCCGCAAUAAUAUACAGUGUAAAGACUGUCACGCAUGACGCAUUCCCUUCCGGGCCGACAAUGCAAGAGAUUUGACCCCGCCCAUAAUGUGGGGACUUGCUCGGUGUAUCUCGAUGUAAACCAAUGAUCUGCUUAAAUCAUUUUACCGUGGUGUUCGUAACUGGUUGUAAAUAAACGCUAUGCAAUGGAAGGCAUAGUCGUAGCUACCUGUUAGGACGAAGUUUAUAAAUGCUCACCAGUAGUGGCCCUUUUAAUUGUAUCGUAAUCUUACAGACAACUAGUACUGGGAGUGAGCUUUUAAAACUUUUCGGCUGGUGAACUGCAGUAUGAAAGUAUGAACUGUGCUCUUACAUUUCCGCAUGCAUCAGAGCAUAAUUCCCAACAUGGGUGUAUAGUGAGUUUAGUUACCGGCUGCCAGGUAUCAUCAGCACCUCCUGUCAGUUGUCUGUCUUUUUCGUAGAGUUCGAGUAUUUGGUUUAUAAGCUUAAGUAGAGUUUAUGACAUUUAGAAAAUUGUGGGGUACUUAGUCCAGGAUUUCGAUUUGUUUUGACACAGAGAAAGCUUUCUAUUUACAGAUACGGGGGCAAUAUAUUUUACUGUGGCACAGUAUUUGACUAGUGGCUUUGGCAGUGUUUUCGUAUGGUAAAACAGAUAAAAGUCUUGAAUGGCCGAAAAUGUACUGCCGACUGGUGCUGCAGCUGAUAAUACAGAAAUGGUCCUGGAGGAUACACAACUGUUGCCCCUUCUCCCGUCAGCUCACUUCGGAGAGGAAGCUGACAGCUCUUCUACCGGCUCUGACUCUUACUGGUCCAGGUCCGAAUCUCGCAUCUGGACAGUAAUGUUGUUACUGGGGACAUGCCAGCUGUACUGUACCAGGGUAACACUUCCUAUCUGUGCUUCUACCAUGGCUGUAAAGUUUGGCUGGGACAAGAAACAGACUGGUAUCGUUCUAGGUAGCUUUUUUUGGGGCUACUGCUUCACGCAGGUCGUGGGUGGUUAUGUUAGUGAUAGGAUUGGUGGGGAGAGAGUGAUCCUGCUGUCUACUGCAGCUUGGGGCUGCAUUACUACCCUUACACCAGUGGUUACUCAUAUCUGUACAACCCCCAUUGUUUGUCUGACACUGCUUCGUUUUCUUAUGGGACUGAUGCAAGGUGUCUACUUUCCAUCUCUUGUCAGCAUCUUUUCCCAGAAAGUCCGAGAGAGUGAAAGAGCAUUCACUGCCAGUACAGUGGGAACAGGUUCUCAUAUUGGGACCCUGAUGAUUGGCUGGGUUGGCUCCCUGCUACUGGAAUGGUAUGACUGGCAGAGUGUGUUCUUCUUCUCAGGCUUGCUUACCUUGAUUUGGGCAUUCCAGACAUGGAACCGCUUCUUCAGAGGAAAAGGUCCAUUGUUGUCUUUAGAAAGCGCUGGAGCUUAUGUAUCUCCAUCAAAGCAUGCUCAAGUGCCAUGGAAGCAGUUGUUUAAGAAAGCCCCUGUGUGGGCAGUUAUCCUCUCUCACCUUUGUGUCAGUGGCAGCUUUUUUACCCUUUCCUCAUGGCUUCCUACCUUCUUUAAGGACACAUUCCCAGAGUCAAAGGGCUGGGUCUUCAAUGUAGUCCCAUGGCUUUUUGCAAUUCCUUCAUCCAUCUUUGGUGGAUGGCUUUCUGAUCAUCUCAUUGGCCUUGGGUUUGAAACUGCUUUUGUACGGAAAAUUAUGCAGUGCAUAGCAAUGGGAGCUUCUGGUGUCUUCAUCUUUUCUCUCUCUAGUGCAGCGAAUUACAGAUGGGCUGUUGUUUUUGUAUCUGCUGCAAUGGGACUUCAAACUUUCCAUAACAGUGGUGCUUCAGUGAAUGUUCAAGAUCUUACACCAUCCUGUGCUGGCUCAUUGUUUGGUGUGAUGAACACAGCUGGGGCCCUAUUAGGUGUUUUUUUAGUUUAUCUUUCUGGCUGUUUGAUUGAUGUCACUGGAUCUUGGGCUUCUGUCUUCAACCUCGUCGUGCUGGCCAAUGCCUUUGGCCUUCUUAUGUUCUUGGUGUUUGGUGAUGCUAAGAGAGUGGAUAUUGACACAAGUGAAGAAGUCACGCAGUGGGAUUUGAAUAAGCAAAGCAACCUCAAACCUGGACUUCCUAGUCUUUAGGAAGUGGACAAAUCACUGUGUAACAUUCCAAAGUAAAACUGCCUCUGCGUUUCUUGUAGUGGCACGUAGCACUUCGGACUUUUGAAAGCCGCAGUUAGAAAGCAUUAGGAUAGCUUCCUUUGUGCUUUCACCUUUGUGACUUACUGCUGUCCAGCACAGUGGAUUGCUAUGUAAGCAGUUUUUGUAGUCUAGAGAAAAAUCAGAGCUGGGUUUAUAUUUAAUUCGGAAUGUGUCCUCUAGUUCUCUGUAUUCAGCUGAAAAACCUGGAAAAACUACCUUAGUAUUCUCUUCAUUCCAGAAUCAGUGAACAGAAAUGCCAAUUCCAUCCAUAUUUCAUUCCAACAACCGUUUUCACCAUCAUUAUUGUUAACGUUCCAAUUUUAUAAAUGCUGAUGUAAGUCAGUUUGAUGUACUUACAAUUUUCCUGAAGCGGUUUCAUUUUGUAUGUGGUAGUUUAGUUACCACAUCAUAUGACAAGACAGUUUCAGAAAAAGUUCAUAAGGGUAAUUUGGGGAAAUGAGAAUGCAUUUUGUAAGUCAAUUUGGAAAUAGGAAUGUUGACAUCCGUACCUCUCCAAUUAUCCUUCAUUUGGCACAUAAUUUUGGUCUGUCCCUCUUAAAAUUGGUGAUUGCAAAAUUGUGGUGAAUUCUCAUCAAAAAAUAACCAUUAAGGUUAGAGUUCUUUUAUUUCUGAAAAACACAUAUUAAUUCAGCUUGUCUUACUCUGUCACCUUUUCAAGUCCGUAGCAGAAGUGACCCUGAUUUGAGACCUUUGUCGCUGACUACUUCUGGCUUUGUCCUUGUUUCGGAGAUAAGAGCCUGAGAAUGGUUGAUGACACAUCAACAAAGGAAACUUAAAAAAAUAAUAAAAAUGGACAAAGUCAUCAUUUGGUAAUCAAAUUGUACUGUAUUUAUGCAAUAUAUACCUCAUUCCUUUCCA